CAACUGGCAGUGAGGAAGAACAAGAGGUCAAGGAUCUGCAUCAAGACAUCAUUAACCGAAACCCCAGAAUUUAGCGCUGUCAAUCUGUCUAUCUCCAUCACCACUCCCUGAAACCUGGGAACAAUGAUGUCUUUCUGGGCUGUGACUUUCCAUUGCUGGGUUUUCUGUUCUUGAGACAAUGCUGAUUACAGUUAUAAUUGGAGCAGUGCUGAGAAUUGAUUCUCAAAAAUCAUGACUUUCAGCAAUUCCAAGCCUGUAAGAUCCCAAGAUGAUCUUGAAUCAGCCAAGUAUGGAGAUGCAAUGGCUAAGGUGAAGUACAAGAUUGAGGGGUCCCGAUUUGAGCCAAAGAGCGGGAAGUCGUCGAUAAAGGCUAAAGUACUAUCCCGGGUUUUCUCAGAAGACUAUGAAAGAAUGGCCAAGAAGAAGCCGAAUCCUCCCGACGACGGACCCGACGCCAACGCCUAAAACGUGAUCGAGAGGCCUCCCACGCUUCACUUCUAAACGACUACUUUAAUAAUCCAUGUGUUUAUACACUGGAAGAUUUUAGUAAUCGUUUUCGGAUGAGUCGUCCUCUCUUCUUAGUGAUUUCUUUGUACUGUUGUUUUUUUAUGUAAUUUUUUUUAAUGUUUUUUUUAUGAAUGUAAGAUUUUUUUAUAAUGAAUUUAUUUUUUUAUG